GCCACAAACAGAGCCAGUGAGAGAUCGAGGGGGUAGGUAAGGCGGGUGGGUGGGUACUAAUUUUCUAUUACUUCAACGAUUUUCCCACGAAAUUGGUGCUUUACAAAUCUCAUUUCCGCCGUUUUGUGAACCAUUUAUCUGCUUCUCCCAUGGCUUCCUCUCUUUCGUCUAAUCCAUUUCUGGGUUCUUCCCGAACCGAAGGCUUCUCUAGAUUCAGCUCUCUCUCAACUGAUAUCUCUAAGCUUUCGUUUUCCGCCGCCAAAAUCUCUGUUGGGCCCCGAAAUGCGAAGAAUCUGCAGAUAAAAGCUGCUGGUAGUACAUUUGGAAAUUACUUUCGUGUUACAACCUAUGGAGAAUCUCAUGGAGGUGGAGUUGGUUGUGUGAUUGAUGGAUGUCCUCCACGCCGCCCGAUUUCAGAAGCUGAUUUGCAAGUGGAGCUUGACAGAAGGAGACCAGGUCAGAGUAGAAUCACCACACCAAGAAAAGAGACCGAUACAUGUCGGAUACUUUCAGGAGUUGUUAAUGGAGUUACUACUGGAACACCAAUUCAUGUAUUUGUACCGAAUACCGAUCAGAGAGGACACGAUUAUAGUGAAAUGUCAGUAGCCUAUAGGCCAUCUCAUGCCGAUGCCACUUAUGAUAUGAAAUAUGGAAUUCGUGUUGUUGAGGGUGGUGGCAGAUCUUCAGCCAGGGAAACCAUUGGGAGAGUUGCUGCUGGAGCUGUAGCAAAGAAAAUUCUGAAGGAGCUAGCAGGAACUGAGGUACUUGCAUAUGUAUCUCAAGUCUACAAGGUUGUGCUGCCCGAGGGUGUCGUUGAUCACGAAACUUUGUCGAUGGAGAAGAUUGAGAGCAACAUAGUCAGGUGCCCGGACCCCGAGAUUGCUGAGAAAAUGAUUGCUGCUAUCGAUGAUGUUCGUUUGAAGGGGGAAUCAAUUGGUGGUGUUGUCACAUGCAUUGUGAAGAACUGUCCACCUGGGCUUGGUUCACCUGUGUUUGACAAACUUGAAGCUGAGCUUGCUAAAGCUGUUCUAUCAUUACCUGCAUCGAAGGGCUUCGAGAUCGGCAGUGGAUUCGGAGGUACAUUUUUAACUGGCAGCGAACAUAACGAUCCGUUCUAUUUAGAUGAAAAUGGAAGAAUUAGAACAGUUACGAACCGCUCGGGUGGAAUACAGGGAGGUAUAUCUAAUGGAGAAAUCAUAACCAUGAGGGUAGCUUUCAAGCCAACAGCUACCAUUGGGAAAAAGCAGAGUACAGUGACCAGAGAUAAGAAAGAGGUCGAGCUGAUUACUCGUGGUCGUCAUGACCCUUGUGUCGUCCCAAGAGCUGUACCAAUGGUUGAAGCUAUGGUAGCUCUAGUUCUUGUGGACCAGCUGAUGGCACAACAUGGACAAUGCAAUCUGUUCCCUAUCAACCCAGAUUUGCAGUCACCGAUCGAACCAAAGCGCGAGGCUUCGAACACGCCUGUUUAAACAAAAGGUAUUGUAACAUAACCGAUCUUGGGGUAAAGUAAGUUCAAUUUGCUGA